AUGCGGAUCAGUUUGAGUAGGCUGAAGCCUAGGUUGCGGCGGCGAGCGAAGGUUUCUCUGGCGGUGGCGAUUCCUUCUAUGGCGGCGGCGAAGAAAGGCUUCUCUGGCGACAGCGACAGCAGGAAGAACUUCCUGCAAUUCCUCUCCUUCUUCUCGUUCCUCCUCCUGCAGUCCAAUUCGAUUGAUGCGGCGGCGACUCCUUCUCUGGCGGCGGCAACGACAAGGAGAACCAUCCUGCGAUUCCUUCCCUCUUCUCGUUCCUCCUCGUGCGGUCCGCCUCGAUCGAUUCCUCUCACUCUUCUCGUUCCUUCUCUAACGGCAGCGGCGACGGUGGGAAGACUUACGGAGAAAAAGGGGACGGAGAAAGUUCGUCCAGCGAGGCUCCGGCAAGUUCCAGCGGUGCCCGUUGAGGAGUUCAGCCGGCAGCUGCCUGAAAAUGUCGACGGUGUGAUCUCAUGCUUGGAUUCGGUGGUCAUCAAAUUGAAGAAAUGUUGUGAAAGCCUGAGGAAUACGAAGAGGAGGGUGGAAGGUUUCGAGCGGAAUAUAGAAGACUUGAAGAAGGAGCUGGCGAAGAGGAAGUCACCAGUGGAGAUUGCGGCAAAGAAUAUCCCGUCGGAGAAGGGCAAGGUGGAAGCUCAGGCGCUGAUCGUUCUGGAGGCUCAAGCAGAAGUGAGAAAGAACCAAAGGGAUCUUGAGGUACGAGAGGAGAAGCUCAAAACGAAGAUCAUAGAGUUCCAGGUUCGUGAUUUCAGGAAUAUGUGGAAGCCAAGGAGGAGAGCAUUGGUCAAAAUGCUAAGGAUGUCAAAGAAGCUGGCUAUGGGUAAAGAGGUGAAAGGUACUAGUCAAACAGUGGAUAGAUUUGAAGGAGCACACCUUCAGCUUUUAAAGGUCAUGAAUGGACAAGAGCUGCAGAUCUUUUUGAAUGAGGGUUAUUCUUUUGUGAAAGGUGAUGUUGCUACAUUUCUCACAUUGGCAACAGAUCCUGCCAAAUUAGUCUUGGAUGCAAUCCAAGGUUUCUAUCCUCCUCAUUUGGCGAAGCAAGGAGUUACAUUUGAAGUCAGGAAGAGCUGCAUUUUCUUAUUGGAGCAGCUAGCAUACUUGGCUCCUGUCAUUUCCCCAUCUGCAAAAAAGGAAGCUCACGAACUAUCAGCCAAAUGGAUGAAUAAGGUGCGGGGGAAUGAGUUGGACGAAGUUCUCGGUGUCCAACUUCUAGGAUCCUUGUUGUUGAUUACGGCUUAUGGGCUUCGGUCGGAUUAUGGUGACAAGUUAUUAGCAGUUAUGUUGCGUCGCGCUUCUUGGGUAGCCAGCCACAGCCAGGCAACCAUGCUGCUGAAACACCUUGGGCUAGCACAGCGAAUGGCGAUUGAUAUUAAAGAGCUAGAUGAGCAGAGCCUGUAUGAUGAAGCAGAGAGACUCAAGGCUAGAUUUGGAACUGACAUUGAUAUGGAGGAUGAAGAAUGAAUGAUAAUCGUUUUGUCUUGAUCAAAGAGUGCUUUGUUAGCAUCAACUCCAGCUUGCUGCAGUAUGCCUCCAUCUUGUCUCUAGCCAUGUCAAGACUCUUUAUUUUUAGACUGAUGAACCAGCUCAAUGCUUGAAUAGAAAUUUUCUGCUCUUCCACUGAUUCAAGCAAGCUCUUUGCUGCGUUCGUUUCUUGGACUGAAGUAAUUUCUGCUACUGUAUUUCACUUUUAACUAGUGUCUUGACUUUUGAUGGAUAUUUCCGUAGCACUUAGUGCAGCUUCUUUCAGCUCAAAAUGAUUUCAGAAC